AUGCCUCCCUCGGGCCCUUCAAGGUCGACAAAGAUACCGGAGUGUUUGAUUCCAACAUACUCGGGCCGUAACGAAAACCCCUACCGCCAUCACUUUGAGCUACGCACCGCCGACCCCAUGGCAAUCAUGCCUCUGCUCUACUGGGCAUUCGCUGCGUUCAUCGUCUUCCUCACAGCCUUUGCUGGGGUUACCUUGCAAGCCGUGCUCGAAUACCUUUUCGGUAUCGCGGGAAUCGAACGUCUUGUAGAAGACCAAGAGCUCCUGCGCAAGCAGCAAGAUGAGCGGGACAAGGCAAAUCCCCCGAGUUAUCUCAAGGAUGCCAACAUUGGGAAGAUCUACCGCCAUCAGCUGGAUGGCGAGUGCUACCAACAGGGCGGAGCUACUGCAGAUGUACACCAGAGGGGAUGUCUUGUCUUGACUAUCACCAUUCACAUCGAUUGGGCCGAUCCAUCGAAAUUCAGAAAUCAUUCGCCACGCUCCAUGGGUCCCAUCCUUUGCCAGCUGGCCGAUCUUCCAAACCAAUAUCGGUCUGGAUCUACCUUUGCAAUGUUGAUGGGAAUCACCCCUGCGCCCAACGAGCCGCCCGGAUGCUUACUUCAACGGCUUCUUCUGGCUUUGGGGGUGAACAUCCUUACUGGUGCAUGCGAUGGUAUCUGGAUCAGGACUCCUGCGCAUCCUAACGGGCGCAAGACGUCGUACCAGACACAUAUUUCUCGCCGCGCUGGGCGGAUAUCGCAGGCCACCCAAGUGUAUCUUGAGGGUGUGGAGAAGUCUGUGUUCAAGGUCCCAGGCCAACUGUCUAUCUCCGAUCUUUUCCCGGGCUUUGACAAAAUUCGUCACGCUGUCGCAGACCCCAUGCACGCUAUCCUGGAAGGGGUACUGCCGUACUACAUCCGACGCGUGCACAUCAUGGGAUCGAAUGUCGGCCUGCAUUCCGUCGCUCUGCCGAUCAUCUCGCACCUACCAGGUCAGGGAUUCUUUGGAGCGUGGUAG